AAAUCGAGGUCUGCUCUUUGUUCUUAACUUCCUGCUUGCAGGUGAAAGAUCAGAUAUGGACGCUUCACUGCUGCUCCACCUGUGUCUUCUUCUGACAGGUCUGCAUUGCCAGCAGCUCUCCGUCUUCCAGCCCAGCAGACUUGAGGUGGUCGAGGGCGCGACCGUCCACUUGCCCUGCGUGUUCAACACGACCCAAAGCCAGCAGCGCUAUGUGGGAAUUCCCGUCUGGAAGAAGGGCUCGUCGGCGGCAGCGACUGUGUUCGAAGACAGGACGCUGCAGGCGCGACUCUCCAAAGCAGACGACGAGGACUUCGCAAGCAAAGGCGACGCCUCCUUGUAUCUCAGCAACGUGACGGAGACGGACUCGGACGUGUAUUACUGCGAGGUGGAGGUCAUGGGCGCCGGCAAAGCCAGUGGCAACGGCACGACCCUCCUGAUCAAAAGAGUUCCCUGCAGAAAAGAAUCCUGUGAAGAGAUGUACAUCCUGAGCGUCGUACGUCUGAGCUUCACGGCUCUGCUGUCCGUCUGCAUGAUUGUCCUCGUUUACGUCGUGUGCCAGCACAGCUUGUGAAGUGCGGUUUCGCCAUCUCCAGCAGCUUUCCUGCUCCAUCUGGUCAACUUCACGUCAUCAAAUGACUUUGAACCAAAGCCUAUUGUUUGCUUUCUUGGAAAAAAUGAAAUUCUCAUGCUUCAUCGAAAUAUGUGAGAAACAAAAGAACAAGGAGAGCCCCAGAACUCACCUCUCAUUAGCCUGCUGUUGCCUUUAAAUUUGAAAAUGCAUGGCCACACACGUGGAUUGUCUUGUCGGGUGGAUGCCGGUCUUUAAACGCUGCCAGGUGGCAUGCAAUGCAUUGAGCCCACUGACCGGGCCGCCUACCGACAGACUCCAUGUGACGCUUGUGUGCAAAAUGAAUGCUGGAAUAGGUGGUGCCACCGCUGAAACUCACUCAAUAAAAUCUUAUGAACCAACGUGAACAUUUUUUUUUUUUUUUUGUAUGGCUAACCCAUCAAGUCCCCCAUGACUGUAAUAAUCCCCCCCGUAAACUUGCCUUUUUGAUAUUACUAAAAAGAUGGGCAUUGAAAUGACUGUCUGCAUUGGGCAGCCUGCAACACACUCCUUUCCCUAAUGCUCUCCAGACGAAUCCAGACGUCCUCACUAAGAUGGGGCCCGUCGUCCAAUUGAAGAGCACUUGCUUUUUAAUUCUGUUUGACAUAAGCAGCAAGCCUUCUUCCUCUUCUGUUCUGUCUCUCCUUCCUAGAAAAUGCACAUCCAUCCAUGUUACUCUCACCACCA